GGCUCUGCAGCCAGGAGCAAUCCUGCAAGCAAAGAGUGUUUACUGUUGAUUAUUAGGACAAAGGAAACUACAGCCAAGCUGACCAGAAAGACUGGAAUUUCAUCUCUCUCACUCUGUCUUCCCCUCUGUCGCCCACUCGUUGGGUUUCUUUCCUGCCAGCUUUUAAAACCAGAGAUUACUGGGUCAGUGACACUCAUUCCUUUCAUACAGCAUGAUCUUGUGCUCAGCCUCCUGAAGUAAUACUGCUACCUGAUUUACAGACAUUAAAAGUGAUCUGAGAGAACAUUUGCCAUUUUCUCAGGCUUGACCAAUGAAUUUUAUAAAAACUUAAGGAUAUUUUGAAAGGCGUCUGUUCAAACUGCAGUUAAAAGGUGCAUCCUAAUAGAAAACGUGGUACGUUUUUACCUGUGACUGACGUUUUGGUCCUCCAUUAUACGGUGAGCGUUUGCUGGAGAGGGAAGAGAAGACUGCUUUUGUCAAGAACUUUUCCUCUAGCAGAAAAGAGCUGGCGUAGCCUCACAAUAUGAAGCCCUUUGAGAAAACCUGGUUGUUGCUAUUGCUGUCUGUUCUCCUAAGAGUUGUCUGCUCCUCUUUUAUAAGUGUCAACCUUGGCAUUAAAGUGAUGAAAGGACAGUCUGUUUUCCUGUCAGAAGAUGACCUCAAGUUUUCCAUCCCCAGAGAGAAGGAUGUGUGCAAAGUCGAAGUUGUGAGAAACGAGCCAAUAACGCAAAGGGUUGGGAAGCUAACCCCACAGGUUUUUGACUGUCACUUUCACCUUAAUGAAGUCAAAUAUACCCACAACGGUUGUCCGAUUUUAGACGCAGACACAGUCAUGCUUAGGCUGUACAGGUUUACAGAAAAUGAAACAUUUGUAGAAACAUUCACCCUCCACAUACAGUUACUUGAGCCAGACUGUAACAUCAUCAAAAUGCGCUCCCGAGCUUUGGAGGUACCUGAAUACUACGGUCUGUCCAGGGCAAUUGACAAGAACAUCCUCACUUUUGACUACAACAGGAAGAUGAAUUUGGAAUGCACCAUUUCCAUAGCUUCUUCAGAAACCCACCUCCCUGCUCAUGGCCAGCUCAUGCUGGAGGACAUGCAGCAGGAACAGCUUCGAGGGGAUCAACCACAGAGCUUCCUCCUUGGCCCUAAGCACAGCCCAGGCCAGCAGUGCAGAAACGGGAGCUGUGUGUUGGGACUGAGAGUUGUCCAUAACACAAAAAUGAGCUGUGAAGAGUUUCUGAGGAAGGGCAUUCGGUAUCAGCACCUUGACCCUCGCUCACCAGAUAUUGACUAUAUUCCAGUGAGGCUGGAUCUCACAGAUAGCAGAAGCAAAACUCUGCACAAGACUGAGUAUGCGUGGCUCCCUGUUCAGAUUAAAAGUGCUACGCCCAAUCAAAUACCCAAAGCUGUUCCAAUGACGAAGUUCAUCUUGGAAGUCGACCAAUUUAUUUUAACUCCCAUUACAACCACAACUGUUGAUGCUGAAGACAAGGAAACUCCAAAGUCCCUGCUGGUGUUCAACAUUACAAAGCCACCUCUGCAAGGCUUCAUUACUCACCUAUCAGACCACACAAAGCCUGUUGGUUCCUUCACAUGGAAAGAUCUCAGUGAAACACUUAUUGCUUAUCAGCCUCCAAACAACAGCCACACAGAGAAGAGGAAUUAUGAGCUGGUGGUUGAGGUUCAUGACUUCUACUUUGAGAGGAGUUUACCAAUCAUAGUGCAACUUUCUAUUAGAACAGCAGAUACAAAUGCUCCUCGGGUUUCAUGGAAUACAGGCCUCAGCCUCCUGGAAGGGCAAUCCCGGCCGAUCACAUGGCAGCACCUGCAAGUGGUAGACAAUGAUGAUAUCCAAAAUGUUCGCCUGGUCACAGUUGAUGGCUUACAGCAUGGGCGGCUCACGGUGAGAGGAGAAAAAGGAUUCAUAUUUACAGUUUCUGAUAUUCAGACUGGAGCUGUUUACUACCAUCAUGAUGACAGUGAUUCCACAAAGGAUUUUGUGGUGUUCAGGAUUUUUGAUGGCCUGCAUAGUAUUCGCCAUAAGUUUCCAAUCAAUAUCCUCCCUAAAGAUGACAGCCCUCCAUUUCUUAUCAGCAAUGUGGCAAUUGAAGCCCAGGAGGGACAGACGAUCCUGAUCCAGGGCUCCAUGCUUCAAGCUUCUGACAUGGAUUCCAGUGAUGACUACAUAGUAUUCAAUAUUACCAAGCCACCACAGGCUGGAGAAAUCAUGAAGAAACCAGGGCCAAACUUAAUAGGGUAUCCUGUCAGCAGUUUUCUUCAGAAGGAUCUGUUUAAUGGAAUUAUUUACUAUCAUCAUUUGGGAGGAGAAGUAUUUGAAGAUUCUAUUGAGUUUGUGCUGUGUGAUAGCCAUGACCCUCCCAAUCUCUCAGAGCCACAGGUGAUGAUGGUGCACAUUAUACCUGUGGAUGACCAGCUACCCAGAGAAGCCCCAGGAGUGACCCGCCACCUGGUUGUUAAGGAGACUGAGAUUGCUUACCUAACUAAGAAACAUCUCCACUUCAUAGAUGUGGAAGAGCAUGACAGGGAGCUCACGUACACCAUAACCUCUUCCCCAUUUUUCUCUUGUGUACAUGGCCACUCCGAUGCUGGGAAGCUAUUUAUGGUGGACACCAUCCCCAAACUGGUCAAGGAUCCUGCUGCUCUUGCUCUGAGGUCAUUUACUCAGCACGCUGUGAACUAUAUGAAGGUUGCUUACAUGCCCCCACUGCAGGACAUUGGGCCCAAUCCUCAACAAGUCCAGUUUGUAUUUUCUGUCAGCAAUCAGCAUGGUGGCACUUUGUAUGGAAUCUGCUUCAAUAUUACUAUUCUUCCUGUGGACAACCAAGCCCCAGAGGUUUUUACAAGCCACUUGAGGGUGGAAGAGGGUGGCCUGAGCCCUGUCACAGAGGGACACAUUCUCAUCUCUGAUGUGGACACAAAACAGGAACAUCUCCUCCUCCUUCUGCAGCGACAGCCUCAGCAUGGGGCAGUGGAGCUGGAUGGUGUUCCCAUGAGGCAAGGUGACAAGCUUUCCUGUGGGGACCUGCGCACCUUGGCAGUCAGUUAUCGGCAUGAUGGUUCUGAGACUCUUACAGACGAAGUCCUUUUUGCAGCCACAGAUGGCAUCCACUUCUUAGAGUUCACUCUGCAGGUCAAGGUGUUGCCCGUGAAUGAUGAGCCACCUGUUAUGCAAACAGGGCUUAUCAAUGUGGUGCGUUGCCCGGAGGGUGAAGAAGUGGUCCUCUCCUCAGAGUACAUAUAUGCCACAGAUGCAGACAGUGAUGACAUGAAGCUGGUGUUCGUGCUGGUUCGCCAGCCCUCCCAGGGGGUGCUGAGAAAAGCUGGAAUUGUUGUGGAGCGUUUCUCCCAGGCUGAUGUCAUCUCUGGCUUGGUCACCUAUAAGCACACUGGUGGGGAGAUUGGCUUGAAUCUUUCCUUUGAGAUCUUAACUUUUGUUGUUUCUGAUGAUGAAGCCGGCCCAGAUGUGAAAGACUGCUGUUAUGACAGACCUCUUCCUCCUCCAGUUCCUCUUCACCGUCCACUCCCAGUGUAUAACCUUAACAUCACUGUACUUCCAGUGGACAACCAACCUCCAUCUAUUGCAACUGGUGCAAGGUUUGCUGUGGAGGAGGGCUCCUCAACAGCCCUUACCUCUAACCAUUUGUUUGCCACCGACCCUGACACCACUGCAGAUGACUUAGAGUUUGUCUUGGUUUCUCCUCCUCAGUUUGGUUAUAUUGAAAAUAUACUGCCUUCUCCUGGGUUUGAAAAGAGUAACAUUGGUAUAAGUAUAGCUUCGUUUCAGUUGAAGCACCUGAAAGCCCUGAGUAUAAACUAUGUACAAGCCAGGCACAUGCGAGUGGAGCCAAGAGCAGACCACUUUGUACUUUAUGCCACCGAUGGCCUGCGUCGUUCAGCAGAGAUUCCAUUUUUUGUGCUGAUCAACCCAACCAAUGAUGAAGUCCCAGAAUUCAUAGCAAGAAACAUUACUGUUCAAGAAGGUAUGGUGAAAGAGCUGGAUCUCUCUGUUAUCAAUGCUGUUGAUCUGGAUGUGCCUCAAGACCAUUUGGUAUUUGAUGUUGUGCAGCAGCCUUCACAUGGAUUCCUCAUUAAUGGAGUUCAUGGCAAUGAUAUUCUACAGUACAAAGAGUUAAUUCACCACCACAGCAGUGGGUUGCUUGUUCAUGACUUUUCUAUGGAGCUACUGAAGAAUGGUAUGAAACUGAUGUACAUGCAUGACGAUUCAGAAAACCUCAAUGACAGCUUUAAAAUCCAGCUAUCAGAUGGGAAACAUAAAGUCCUCAGAACCAUUUCAGUAAAGGUCAUCCCAGUUAAUGAUGAGAAACCAGUGCUGAGCAAGAAGGAUAAUAUAGAGGUGCGUAUGGGUGAAACUCGAAUUAUUUCUGGUGCUGUUCUGUCAGCUGAAGAUAAAGAUACUCCUAGAGAGAGAAUUUUCUACUUAUUUGAAAGACUUCCAGAAAAUGGCCAGCUUCAAAUCAAGGUAGGCAGAGACUGGGUGACUCUCCAAACCGGAAUGAAGUGCACUCAGGAAGAACUGGAUAUGAACCUUGUAAGAUACGUCCACACAGGAGCUAUAGGGUCCAAGAACCAAGACUUGUUCACAUUUUAUCUGUGGGAUGGGUACAACAGAUCCCCAGCUGUAGACUUCUACAUAAAUAUCAAGAACAUGGAAAAGGGAGACAUUGCUGUUUUCAUAAAGCCUCUCAAAGUACCAAAAGGGGAUCGAGGCUACAUUACGACUGAUGUCCUCCUUUCACUGGAUGGUACUGACAAGCCUGAAGAGCUUCUCUAUGUGAUAACUUCCCCUCCUCAGUAUGGACAAAUAGAGUAUGUUAGCUAUCCUGACGUCCCCAUAGCGAGCUUCAGUCAAAUGGAUGUUGCAAGUCAGAUAGUCUGCUAUGUUCACAGCACCAAGGCACAUUCAAGGCAAGAUGCAUUCAGGUAA